AUGUUAGAAACUUUCAAAAUGGCGGCCGUCGAAGACGAAGUUGAUAAAGAUGGAGAAGACGUGACUUUCAAAUCACUGGGAAUUGUCGAUGUUUUGUGUGAAGCCUGCCAACAAUUGGGAUGGAAGUCACCCACAAAGAUACAAAGAGAAGCCAUUCCAGUUGCUUUACAAGGCAAUGAUAUAAUUGGUUUAGCAGAAACAGGUUCUGGGAAGACAGGAGCAUUUGCUCUUCCAGUUCUUCAGAAGCUACUUGAAAAUCCGCAGAGAUUGUAUGCCCUUAUUCUAACACCAACAAGAGAACUGGCAUUUCAGAUUUCUGAACAGUUUGAAGCCUUAGGAGCAAGUAUUGGAGUGAAGUGCGCUGUAAUAGUUGGGGGAAUUGAUAUGAUGUCACAGGCUCUCAUGUUGGCAAAAAAGCCACACAUCAUAAUAGCCUCACCAGGAAGGCUUGUUGAUCACCUAGAAAACACAAAAGGAUUCAAUUUAAGAACUCUGAAAUAUCUGAUAAUGGAUGAAGCUGAUAGGAUAUUAAAUCUUGAUUUUGAAAAAGAGGUGGACAAGAUAUUGAAGAUAAUUCCUAGAGAGAGAAGAACAUAUUUAUACUCUGCAACCAUGACAAAAAAGGUUCAAAAGCUUCAAAGAGCUUCUUUACAAAGUCCUGUUAAAGUUGAAGUUGCAACAAAAUACACCACUGUGGACAAGUUACAGCAGAGUUAUUUGUUUAUACCAAACAAAUUUAAGGACUGUUAUCUUGUAUCUGUCCUCAAUGAACUGGCUGGAAACAGUUUCAUGGUGUUUUGUGGCACGUGUAACAAUGUGCAGAGAGUGACACUCAUGCUGAGAAAUCUCGGUCUCCAGGCUGUGCCUCUUCAUGGACAGAUGACUCAGUCAAAAAGACUCGGCGCCCUGAACAAGUUCAAGUCCAAAGACCGCUCAAUUCUGAUCGCCACAGAUGUGGCUAGCAGGGGCCUGGACAUUCCACAUGUGGAUGUUGUUAUUAAUUUUGAUAUACCAACACAUUCUAAGGAUUAUAUUCAUCGAGUUGGACGAACAGCUAGAGCUGGUCGUUCUGGGCGCUCUAUUACCUUCGUUACUCAGUAUGACGUGGAAUUAUACCAACGAAUCGAGCAGCUUAUAGGCAAAAAACUACCUCUGUACCCCACAGUGGAGGAGGAAGUCAUGUUACUGAUGGAACGAGUGACAGAGGCACAGAGAUACGCUAAGAUGGAGCUCCGAGAGUUGCAAGAGAAAAAGAAGAGGCCCUUAGACGAAGGAGAGAACAGUCAAGAGAUCAGAAUGCCAAGCAAGAAAAAGAAAUUUGCUGCUGGCAAGAAAAAGGGAAAGAAAUUUAAAUAAACAAUAUUACCUACA